AUGGAGCACACGGUGGUUGUUAUUGGCUUAAGUUUUGUGUCGGUCUGCAUAGCCAAGCACUUGGCCGAGACGUGUGGCCGCUACGUGGUGCUGGUGUCCACAGAAACCCUCCAGGACGUGGUGUCCAACGAGAACAUCGCCCAUAUAGUGCAACACCCGGCACACAAGACACAGCAACAAAACACCCUACACACAUUCCAACGGCUCGCUCCCAACCCCGGCACUUUGGCUGUGGUGGAUCGGCUUCAGCAGUCCGAGAUCGGCACCGCCUCGUCCUCGCAAUCGAUCCUCAUAAACCCCCGUCAAAUGCUCGUCGACAUGUACCAGUUUCUCACCAGCCUGGGACCGCAAUUUAAGCACUUUGUGUUGCCCUCCCAGGUGUCAUCGCUCGAGCACUACUGUUCGAUGUUCCCCACAGCAACAAGUUUUGUCAAUUGCAGUGUGGGGGAAAGUAUGGGAUGCGUGAGGGUCCAGUCGGUCCUGCUCCACUUAAACUCGGCAUUAGACUAUGCAGUUACCCAUAAAACGGCACUAAAUCAACACACAAAGCUAACUCCUGUGGUUGGGAACCCGCAAUUGGCAGUUCUCUCAGGCCCCCACCAAUAUAACGACUUCUACAUCCACCCUCGCGACUCUGACACACUGACAUUGCUCUAUAGAGCCUCCACGUACUACCCCCACAUCGUGGCCGCCUGCAAAGUGCUCAGUUCCGAGGUGAUCUUUAAACAAUGCAUGGAAAACCAAUGCGGCAAGAUAUUCCUCACGAUCGGCCCCCGCGGACAGAAAAUCGUCAAUGUUCUGGGAUUCGGACUCACCGAGGCUGACGUAAUAGAUGAGGCGAUCGAGUACGUUCCCUUGCUGGUCAAAUCCGAGCUCAAGGCGCAUUUCUAG